AUGGCCUCCGAGCGAGAUGCGGUUUACUGCACGCUUCUCUUGAGUGAUGAUUACCUACCGGGUGCCGUGGUCCUGGCCCAUUCCUUGCGUGACAAUGGCACGAAAGCAAAGCUAGUUGCUCUGAUUACUCCGGACACGCUACAGUCGGCCACGAUCGGUGAGCUAAGGACCGUCUACGACGAGCUCGUCCCCGUGUGCUCGAUUGUGAAUGGCACACCAGCAAAUUUGUGGCUUAUGGAGCGCCCAGAUCUAAUUGCCACAUUCACCAAGGUCGAGCUCUGGCGCCUGACACAAUAUUCGCGGAUUGUAUACAUUGACUGUGAUGUCGUGGCCUUGCGAGCGCCCGACGAGCUCCUCUCUUUGGAGACAGAUUUCGCCGCCGCGCCAGAUGUCGGCUGGCCAGACUGUUUCAACAGCGGCGUGAUGGUUUUCCGCCCGAAUCUGCAGGACUACUACGCCUUGAAAGCCCUCGCUGAACGCGGCAUCAGCUUCGACGGCGCCGACCAGGGCUUGCUGAACAUGCACUUCCGGAACUGGCAUAGGUUAAGCUUCACGUAUAAUUGCACUCCCAGUGCCAACUACCAGUAUAUUCCCGCAUACAGACAUUUUCAGAGUACCAUCAGUCUCAUCCACUUCAUUGGAUCCCAGAAGCCGUGGAAUUUGCCUCGGCAGGUGGUCCCGUUAGAAUCGCCCUACAACCAGCUGCUGGGCCGCUGGUGGGCUAUCUAUGACAAACACUAUAGCCCGCCUUUUGUAUCCACCUCCCAGCCUUGGAGCGGUCCGUCCCCACUGGGUGGGCAUGAUAUAUCCGCUUUCGAGGCCCCGACGGAACCCAUUCUAAGCUAUCCAGUCCAAACUCAUCAAGCCCAAGAUGAGGAUUUUGCACCUCAACACCAACGAUGGCCUGAACCUCAUCAUGUUCAUGUCGAUGAGAGUGGCUCUGUGAGAUUUCAUUACGAAGAGGCUCAGCAAGAUGAACAUGUGCCGGCCCUUGUAUCUGCAGUUAGCCAACCAUCGGAUACCUCAAGACCACAACCACAGCACUAUGAAGAGCCUCACAAUCAUUACCCAACACAUCACGCAGCUUCUUCGGUUGAAGUCCCGGUACUCAGCGUGGUCCCGCGGUAUGUACGCGGAGAAGAGCAUGUCUCGACUUACAUCCCGCCUUUGCCUCAUCAACCAGCACCAAUAUCCCAUGCACCGCAGCCAAAAGAAACCCAUCAAAUGCCUCCGACACAUCCUGCGCCCAGCGACAGUGAACGUCAUAUUCACCAACCACAACCCGUGGCACCUAUACCUCCAAUAAACGAGCCACAUCAGCAGGCUCCCUGGCCGGAACCAGAGACCCCAGCCUUCGAAGCACCCAAAGUAGAAUGGGAUGCCUCACGGGAGCCUCCGCCACUGAAUUCAAAGCCAGAGGGGAUCAGCUUGCAACAGAAGACAUACAUCAUGUCGGAAGACCCGAAUUUAUUCCAACCUCCUCCGUCGUAUCCAGAGGCACCGAAAAACAUGUAUUACCAAGUUCCCGAGACCAAGCCCGAGCCAACCAAAGUCACUCAGGUGUUUCCCUGGGAGCACCGGGCUCCCAAACCCACUCGUAUCUUUGCCGACGAGCACCCUGUUCCAGAACCGUCGCCUCAGGACGAGCCUGUAUCAUCACCGCCUGCUCAGCCUGUGCCUACUCAGGCAUUGUAUACUCGAGCACCGUAUGAACCACCAACAGCCUCAUGGGAAUCAUACACCCGAUCCAACGCCUGGGACGAAGACCCCCAGAUCCAGCGCUACAUCGAGUCUAUACAGCAAGCGCGGUGCGCACGAACACAGGUGAUUUCGGGAUCAAGCACCUCAAGCACCAGCUCUCAUCCAUCUGUACCAUCAUCGACCUCCACCGUCACAGGCCCUCCAUCUGGAAUCCGACCAAGCAUCAAGCUCACCGACUUCCCUACUGAAGUUGAACGUCCCAGUCUGCCUGUCACGCCGGCGCCCAUCCGGCGCCCCGCCGACGGAGGCACAAAUGACGGCAACGAUGCCUCUCAUGGCGCCCUCCCUGUUGCAGAAGGUGUUCCGAGCCAAGAGGAUUGGGUGGGUAUCACAGUUGAUGUGUUUUCUCACCUCCUCCGAGCAACGUACUUACUGUGGGAGUCCACAGAAUCCCCUGGCUCGGCUCGAAGAGCUCCGUCGCCGGCAGUCCGAGGUCUUGGAGAUCCCGCAGCGAUUGCUUGA